AUGGCUCCUGAAACAGCAAAGCCAACCCACUCUUCCUCCUCCGACGACGAAGACAAGUAUAAAGCACUUGAUCGCGAAGUCAGAGACAUGGUGAAUGCAAUUACAUCUCGUGUUAGUGAUCUGCAAAAGUCAGGUGCAUCCCACCACCGCCUGCAGGGCGAGGAUGACGAGCAUGACGUCAGAAUCAUCACGCUUGCUGGAACAAACACUGGAGCCACAAUGCGAAGCGAGUUGGAUGAUAAACCCGAUUAUAAUCCCCAAGGGUUUUCCGGCGAUGACCCUGAAGCACUAGGAACCUAUGUUAACAGCAAUUUCCAAGCAGUCAACAACUCCAUCAUGAUUGGUGGCUCCUACAACACCAAUGACCCUGGUGUACAUUUGGACAUCUCUGACAUUUUUGAACACCAUGCACAUAGACUAGAUACUAAGCAUGCAAGGAAGGCAAGGAGAAAGGAAAAGGAGGCCUUCAAAUCUGACCAACAAACCGACCAUUCCGAUUGA